AUGGAAGAAUUUGGUAAGCACCGAAAUGGAACCCUAAUUGGAGAAAAAAAGUACUACAUCAACAAAUCACAAUCCAAGUGGGUCAGCGUUGGAUUUUCUUUGGAGAGAAAAUAUAUUCCCGUUGUUAAGCUAGGAGGAUACAAAAAUAAGCAAAAUGUGAUUUUUGAUGAGGAACAAUGGAUAUCCUUUUUGAAUAACCAAAAAAAUUUGUUAAGUUUUGUUUACUCUAAAAGUACGGGAUGGCAGUCUUUGUCAGGAAAUGGCUACGAAAUUCAGUUUGUGUUUAUUGGCGAAUCAAGAAUAAUCAAAAUUACUCAAGAUGGUGGAAACGAAAUUUUUUUGGCUGGUGAAACUAUAAAUGAACUCAUUAAUUUGGUUAACUUGAUAAAGUAUAGUUUUGAUCUACUUAAGAGUCAAGAAUUUUUAAAUUAUUACAACAGAGUAAUAAGCAUGGUAUCCAAUAAAAAUGGUGAUUUGAACAAAAAUGUAUACGAGAAUAUUUCACCUUCAACUAACCCAAAUAGUGAAAACGAUUCCUGUGUUCUGGAAUUGCUAAUUUUCUAUUCUGAUUGUAUUAUAGAAGAUGUGGAAACAUAUGUAUGUAACGAAUUUGUUAAUAAAUCGGAAAAUAAAAAAAAAUCAGUGAGAGAAAAAUAUCAUAAUUUGAAACUAGCAAGCCCGACAGCACAAUCACAAUUGGAACAAACCUAUAAACCAAUAACAGAACCACUAAAACAACUAAUUUCUACUACAGGUGAACCGAUAGUACUGAAAGAAGAACCCUUUAGUUUAAAAGAAGAAUUUUUAACACCAAAAAAAAAAAAAUACGAAACUUCAACACCAAGCAAACAGAGAAUAGUUCGAAAAACAGGAAAAACUCUCAUUUUACCAUCAGAGAUACCAUCAUUUUUUGAUACUAGUGUUGCUUCUGUUAGUCAAUUUCCUUCUAUACAGGAAACAACUGUUUUAGCUGAAACUAGUCCUUUUCCAAAAGGUAGUACUAGUGAAAGUUUAAAUUUGUCCGAUAUAUUGGAACAAACUAAGCAAUCAAUUAAAAAUUAUAUAGACUCCCCAUCUUACCAAGUGUAUUUGUCAGAUUUUCAUAAAUUACCUAGAUCCUAUAUUAAUGGAAGCGUAAGGGAUACAGAACAUAAAUUCGAUCAUAAUUAUGGAGUAGUUCAUGAUAUUGAUGGUGAAAAUUUUUUUCUGGGUCUAACACAAAAACCCGUAAAAAUAGUUGGUAAAAAUAUUGUAGUAGAGGGUAGAACUUAUGAGGGUACUGUGGGUUUAUACGAAUUACUUUUUAAAAAGGAACCUGUUGGCUUCAAACCCAAAGAUUUGGAUAAUAAUAUGGACAUUUUGAAAAUAACAAAUGCAUACCUGCAUCAACAACAAAAAAAUUAUGAAAAGCUAACAAAAUUUGAAGGUGAUAUUGAAACAAUAACAAAAUAUCAUAAUGAUGUUAUUGAUUUGAAAAAUUAUUUUGAAACCGAAAUAACAAAAUUAAAAACAUACAUGAAUGAAACAUCAAAAAUCGAUAGUGUUCAAAAAAGCAAAGAAGAUAAUCUCAAAUUAAAAUUUGAAAAUUUUUCAACCAAAUUUUAUGAUAGAGUUACGAAAGAAGUAAAGUACUUCAAAAAUAAUCAUGAUAGUAUUGAUAAAAAUAUAAAGCGCUUGGACAGAACUUCAAAUUUAAAUGCACUACUACGAAAAAAAAAUACUGACGAUAUCGCAUUUAUAAAGGAGCAAUUAAACACAAUUUUGACACAAAUUCCAAAGCUAACAUCGAUACAAAGUUCAAGUGAAGAAGAAGUACGUAAUCUUAAAAUUAAAAUGACAUUGAAAUGA